AUGUCCAGUUUGACCGUCAAUGCAAAUGUACCCAAGGAAAACCCCAUCAUCCAAGCCACCUUCUGGAAUUUAAGAAAAGCACAUCUGAACUGGCACCAUACUGAAGGAAGAUGUGCAUACUGUCAAAAGCUUUUGUGCAAUUGUCGAUGCAUUGUCUUGAUUUUCUCAAGGGCAAGCCUUAGGGAACAUCUUGCGAGGAAUCCUGCCGGUACAGGUCUCGAGGUAUUCCUCCACGGAACCGAACAACUACCCUGGCGUUAGGGCAAGCGCCUGCAAGCAACAAACCUCGCGCGAGCUCAGAGUUUCCGCCGCGAUCUCCCAAACAAGCUGAAAGAAGUAAGCUAAGGCCAUCCUCUUUUGGCAAGAUGAGCGAGGGAUCUUGUUCAAGUUGCUCCAAAACCAGGCCACAAGAGUUUAAGAAAUCCCCGUAGUAAGCCAGAACGUGCGGAAGUGACAAAUCGUAAACUAUUUCAUCGAUUGCAUAUAUAUCAGCGUGGUGAGCUCAGUUUUCUGGGUUUCCCCACCAAUGGAGCUUUAUCAUGCCAUCUUUUUGAUGCCCGCCCGGGAUUUUGUACUGCAUUUUUCGAAGGUUCUCAAUCGUGUUGUCUAUUUCGACAAAGUACUUCUCGCCAUUGAUUGG